AUGGCCAGAGGAAGUACAUUGAAUUUGCAAAUAAAAAAAUUGAUUAUUUUGAAAUAUCUAUCAGGCAUUAAACAAGCAACCAUAGCCAAACAGCUGAAUUUAAGCCGAUCGGUAAUUUGCAAAGCUAUUAAACUGUUCCGCCUCAGAAAAUCGUUGGUAAGCCCUCCUAAGACUGGUAGACCGCGAAAAACUACACCUAGGAUUGAUAGGAAAAUUAAAACACUUGCUCUUAAAAAUCCAUGUACUACUGCUGUGGACAUAAAAGCUCAACUUAAAGAAAAUACUGGGCUUUGUGUCGUUCAUAGAAAUAAUCAGGUUGUCCAGACUAACUUUGUUUCUCUAAUCUCGCACUUUAACACAUUGACUGCGAACUGGGAUGAGGAUACCCACCUCAGAAACUGA